GGUGCAUGUGAACAGCUCCAUGCCUCACUCUUCCGCCACACGGUGCCGCAAUGCUUGGAUUGUUACAUUUCAAAUUUGGGCGUAAAUCGAAUUAGAAACCCAUUAUUCUAUGAAUUCUAUAAUUUUGUUUAAUUAUUAUAUAGUCCACUAUGAUGUUGUGGUCGGUUAUGCCACCAUGACAGUGUGCUAUAUAAGCAGCAAGAGGGAAUACGUUACUGGCAGUACCGCAAACAAACAAGCAUAGUGUUAUACAAAGAGCAAGAGUAAGCUGGAAGUGGUAGUCACUCAAGAUGGAGAGAAGUAUGCGUGUGGCUUUUCCACUUGUAGUUUUUGCAGUGGCGAGCCUAUGUUAUGGGAUGGCAGACGCAGCAGUGGUGAGGUCUCCGCCGACGAAUUUGAAGUGGCAUUAUUACAAGAUCACCAAUACAUGCCGCGACGCGGAGGAGUACGUCCGGCACGAAGUUAAACUGUUUUGGGAUAGUGACAGAAGCAUUACGGCAAAGCUCCUCCGCUUGGUUUACACCGACUGUUUUGUCACUGGAUGUGAUGCGUCCAUUCUGCUUGACGAAGGACCAAAUCCAGAGAAAAAAGCGGCACAAAACCGGGGGCUUGGAGGAUUUGUAGCCAUUGACAAGAUCAAAUAUGUUCUCGAAUCACGAUGCCCUGGAAAAGUCUCCUGUGCUGAUAUACUUCACCUCGCCACCAGAGAUGCUGUUCAUCUGGCAGGUGGACCAUCUUACCCAGUUUUAACAGGAAGAAAGGACAGCAGUACAUCAGAUGCUGCAUCGGUAGACCUUCCAUCACCAUCCAUCUCGCUGCAGGAACUUCUAGAGUAUUUCAGAUCGAGGAACUUGAAUGAAGUACACAUGACAACACUUCUAGGAGCACACACACUGGGGAGAACACAUUGUAGCUACAUUGUUGACCGCCUGUACAACUACGCUGGGUCCGGCAAACCCGAUCCAAGCAUGAGUGCCACUCUACUAGAGUCACUUAGGAAACUUUGCCCGCCAAGGAAGAAGGGACAGCCAGAUCCUCUGGUAUACCUAAACCCAGAGUCUGGAUCAAAUUACAACUUCACAGAGUCAUACUACAGAAGGAUCCUAUCCAACGACGCUGUCCUAGGAGUUGAUCAACAAUUACUAAAUGGUAAUAACACUAAACAGAUAACCGAGGAGUUCGCCGCGGGAUUUGAAGAUUUUCGGAAAAAUUUUGCCGCAGCAAUGUACCAAAUGGGGAAUUUCAAGGUUUUAACGGGAAACCAAGGUGAAAUACGCAAAAAUUGCCGAUAUGCAAAUAAGUAGGAGGCGAAAUCGGAUGAUUAGAGUGCACCAAGUUAUGCCCAGUAUAAACAGAUUUGUUUGUGUUUUGAAGGUAAAGAAUAAUACAUGAAUAAUACCCUCUUUGUCUUUUAUAACUUGUGAGUUUCAGCAAAUCAAUUCACUAAAACACUCUUCUUGGUCCAGCGUCAUAAAACAAAUCCUUUCUGUUAAAUGAAACCACCACAAAAAUUGACUACAUGUUCCCAUA